GAAGGCACCUGACAGACAACGCUCUGGGUGAAGACCCUGCAGGACCCGUAUUUCCGGUCUGUGGUCAGCAGCCGUCAGUGUCUGUUAGCUCCCGUUAGCAUCUAACUGAGCUAAAGCUCAGACUGAAACUGAAGCUCAGACUGAAACUGAAGCUCAGACUGAAACUGAGCUGAAGUCUCGUCGGAGUUGAACUGUGUGAAGUCUCAGUCUGCAGGAUUACAGUGACUCCGCAGAGCUAGCUGCGGGCUAACACCGCCCCAUUAGCUGCUAGCGCCAAACUCCAGUUCUAACAGUGCUAACAGCUAGCUGCUGUUUGUCAGUCUGUGUUGUGAUGACAGAGCGAGGAGACGCUGCUAUGGACACACCUGCGCACUGAACUACAGGUAAGACAUGCUAACAUCAUGGACACACCUGCGCACUGAACUACAGCCUAUUCUUCCAACAGAAGCAUAAGAUCAGAUCAGUCCCUGAUCUGAUCUGAGGUCAGUCCCUGAUCUGAGGUCAGGGUCACUUCACUGCAACACCCCUUUCAGAAGCCAUGAAUCUGACCUAGAGUCAGCUGUUAGUCUGUGCGGUGUGAUCCAGAGACUGAGACCAUGUCAGAGAACCAGGCCAACAACAACAACGUCCCUCUCAACAACAACAACAACAACAACAUGGGACCCAACCGGAUCCGGAACCCCAACAUGAACCAGAACCCUCUCAUCAACGUCCGGGACCGCCUCUUCCACGCCCUCUUCUUCAAGAUGGCCGUCACGUAUGCUCGCCUGUUCCCGCCAUCCUUCAGGAGAGUCUUUGAGUUCUUCGUCCUGCUCAAGGCGCUAUUUGUCCUCUUCAUCCUUGCCUACAUCCACAUUGCCUUCUCUCGCUCGCCCAUCAACUGUCUGGAGGUGGUGAGGGAGCGCUGGCCUCGUGACGGCAUCCUGCGGGUGGAGAUCCAGAGGAACUCCAGCCGAGCCUCUGUCUUCCUGCAGUACUAUGGCUCCACGGGUCUCCAGGAGGAGCUGGAGGCUGAGGAGGGGGGAGGAGGUGUAGCAGGAGCAGGAGGAGGUGUAGCAGGUCUGAGCCUUGCAGCGCUGCUGGAGGAAGAGGAGGAUGAGGAGGAGAUGACCCUGGAGAUGUUUGACAAUAGCUCAGUGCAGUUUGAGCUGGACAUCGAACCUCGUCUGAAGCCGUCUCUGAUUGGAGGAGAUGUUGGAGGAGCAGCAGGAGGAGCAGCAGGAGCAGGAGGAGUGAACAACAGUCAGGAUGUCUCCUUCAGCCAGACCCCUAAAGGUAUGCAGCCGCUGAAGGAGUCAGUGUCUGAGCUGGAGAUGAUGACCAGAGCAGUGUGGCCUCAGGAGGAGUACAUCGUGGAGUAUUCUUUGGAGUAUGGCUUCCUGCGUUUGUCUCAGAGCACGAGACAGAAACUCAACAUCCCCGUCAUGGUCGUCACUCUGGACCCCAUGAAGGACGAGUGUUUUGGUGAUGGGUUCAGUCGUUUCCUGCUCGAUGAGUUCCUUGGCUAUGAUGACAUCCUGAUGUCCAGUGUGAAGGCACUUGCUGAGAACGAGGAGAACAAAGGGUUCCUGAGGAACGUGGUGUCUGGAGAACAUUACCGCUUCGUCAGUAUGUGGAUGGCCAGAACCUCGUACUUGGCCGCCUUCGUUAUCAUGGUCAUAUUCACUCUGUCGGUGUCCAUGCUGCUCAGAUACUCUCACCACCAGAUCUUCGUCUUCAUAGUGGAUCUCCUUCAGAUGUUGGAGAUGAACAUGACCAUCGCGUUCCCGGCAGCCCCUCUGCUUACUGUCAUCCUGGCUCUUGUCGGCAUGGAGGCCAUCAUGUCGGAGUUCUUCAAUGACACGACGACGGCCUUCUACAUCAUCCUCAUCGUCUGGUUGGCCGAUCAGUACGACGCCAUCUGCUGCCACACCAACACCAGUAAACGUCACUGGCUGAGGUUCUUCUAUCUCUACCACUUUGCCUUCUACGCCUAUCAUUACCGCUUCAAUGGUCAGUACAGCAGCCUGGCCCUCGUCACCUCGUGGCUCUUUAUCCAGCACUCCAUGAUCUACUUCUUCCAUCACUACGAGCUGCCUGCCAUCCUGCAGCAGAUCCGGAUCCAGGAGAUGCUUCUUCAGAACCAGCAGGCGGGUCAGGCCAACCAGACGGCCCUGCAGGACAACCUUAACAAUAACCACAGUAAUGCUGCUGCAGGACCAGGACCAGGACCAGGACCAGGACCUGCACCUGCCAACACUACCCAACCUGGACCCAACUCCACCCAGCCAGGUCCUCAGACUGGCCCUCAGCCCCCGUCCUCCUCUCUGGCAGCAGGAGGUGGAGGGGAGGUGAGGUCGGAGCUAAACUGGGUCGCUCAGACAGCCGCCAUCAUCACUGAAGCUUUGUCCACCUCCAACCAGACCUCCUCCACCGCUGACCCUGUGGAUGGGGUCGACGGAGGAGGAGGGUCAGGCGGUCAGGGGUCAGAAGGACCAGCAGAGGUCAGUGUGGUAGCCGAGUUCUGGAUGGGAGGAGGAGGAGGUGGUGGAGGAGGAGGUGAAGAUCCAAAGGUCGUCUCAGUAGAAAUUAAAACCACAUCAGGAGGACCCGAGCCUCCACCCAGCCCUCCAAUCAGAGGGCUCCAUCCUGAGGGGGCGGGGCCAUCAGAGGUAGCCCCCCCACAGACAGACUGCCCCCCCUCACAGAGUCCAGGUACAGACUGCAGACAGCCGAGCCCGUCACAGGCGGCGUCCUGAGUCCAGGUGUAGUCUGGCUGAUAUCAUCUUACCUGUCUCGACAUGUGCCUCAGUCUGUCAGCUGAUCAGGGUGACUCACUGAUGAGUCAUCGAUGAGUCAUCGAUGAGUCAUCGCGCCCUCGUCCUGACAGACUGAAGCCCAGACUUGAUUUUUGUUUCCAUCUGCUUUUAUUUUGAGAAAAAAAAAACUCUUUGAGAACAGGAAGUUGUUUUGGAGCGUCGACCCGGCGGAUCAGGACUUCCUGUCAGAAUGGAUGCCUUAUCAGUAAUCUGAGGACGCUUCAGAGACGUCAGCAGCUGAUUGGUUGUGCAAUAUGAUGCCAGCUGUGUCACAUGUGAGGCCCUGCCCCCUGGCAGAGGGCGUGGUCGUUCACUUCAGGUGACUUCAGGUGUGCCUCGUCUCUGAUAUCGAUUUGAGACAUAUACGCUCAUUAAUAAUUCAUCAGCUCAUUAUAAUAUUGUAUUUCCAUAGGAACUGAUUAAAGAUCAUCAGUGUCUGAUUAUUGAUCUGACGAGUCACCUGAACGUGCACGAGUCACCUGAACGUGCACGAGUCACCUGACUGCACCACGCGGGCCGAUGCCUCAUGGGGGCGGAGCUAAAGUGUGAUCACUUCAGACAGUGGGGGUUUGUGGGUAUUUUUUUUUUGUUUUUCUUCUUCGUGCCUCUGCUGAUGACGUUGCCUCGUUAGUCGACCUGAAACUCAUCAAAGUGUAUUUAACUGUAAAACCAGUAAACGAGCACAGCGAACCA